AAUUUCUUGAGAGUGGUGCAGCAAAAUUGGAUUAUGUUUUUAUUUGUUGAUUGUUGUUGUUUUUGUCCCAAAAAUCGAGAAAAACUAUUAAAACGAAUAUUUUGAAUUAAACCCAAACUAAAAAAUGAUUCCAAACGUUGGUACAAUACCAGAUCUCCCACCGGAAAAUGGCCAAUCGAACAGCACCAUCGUAAUUCAUCCUGGAUCGUUGAAUCUUCGAAUUGGUCUUGCUUCAGAUCCGAAUCCCACAACCGUUUUACAUGCCAUUGCUAGAAGGAGGAAACCUGGGGGCCAAAUCUAUUCUGAUUCGUUUUUAUCGGAACGAUGCAAUUUGAGCCAGACCAAAGAGUUUGAAGAAGCUCGCCUAGCGAUUUCCCAUACUUUGCAGUCGUGUCUUCAAUCAGACGGCAGAAGAAGGUAUGCAACUGCUCCCCAACAAAUUGCUGCUUUCAAUAGAAGAGUUCAACCAGAGAUUAUAGGGGAUAGUGGUGGUGCAUGGAUCAAAACCGACGAGGACACAGUAAUCGGGAAUGAUAUAUUUAGGCUAAACCCUGAAGAGCCUUUCAACAUUCAUUUUCCUUAUAAACGAGGCGACUUUAAUAUUCAUCCUGGACCAGGAGGUUCCAUUACAGCAGUUAUAGCUGAUCUUGAAACAAUUUGGUCGUAUAUAAUUGAAACUUGUUUACAAAUAAACGUAAACGAAUUGAGAAAUUUUAGAGUUGUGCUCAUUAUUCCUGAUGUCUAUAAUAGAUUGUAUCUGCGGGAACUUAUGCAUCUACUUUUGGGUACCAUGGGUUUUGGAAGUGCUUUUUUUGUCCAGGAUCAUGUCUCGGCCACGUUCGGUUCUGGCUUAAGCUAUGCAUGUGUGGUCGAUGUAGGCGACCAAAAAACCUCAGUUUCAUGCGUUGAAGAUGGCAUUUGCCAUCAAAACACACGCGUAAGGCUGGAUUACGGCGGAGGAGAUAUAACGCAAAUAUUUUAUUGGCUUUUACAAAAAUGCGCUUUUCCUUACAAAGAGUGCGACGAUCAAAACAAACUGGACUCUAUGCUAUUGAGGAAGCUGAAAGAAGAAUUGUGUCAUGUAAACUUGGAUAUUUGCGGUUCCAAGGAAAAAUCUUUUACAUUGAAACAGCCAGAAAAACCCGUGAGCCAUUUUACAAUACAAGUUGGUGAUGAAUGUAUUAUAGCCCCGUUGAGUCUUUUCAAUCCAGAACUUUUUGGGAUAACAGGACCAAAGCAGAUACACACUCAAAAAAUAUCCACAGGUGAUCCAGAGGAUCCACAUGAUGAAUUAUAUUUGAGAGAUAUUAGGAAAAAAGGUAUCAAAGAAGAAUCAUCGACCAAUGAUCCCACAGACUCUUUUUUUGAAAGUACCCAAGCUGGAGCCGAGGACGAUAUUGUUGUCGAUGCAAUGGAGUCUGCCAUUACUCAAUCGGUUAAAGAGUUUGUAACCAAUCCCGGUCAAAUUUUGGGAUUAGAUCAAGCCGUGCUUCAAAGUAUUGAUAGAUGUCCAAGUGAAGAUUUAAAAAGAAAAAUAUAUGGUUGUGUAUUAGUUGUUGGAGGUGGCAUGAACUUUUCAGGAAUUGGCACUUGGUUACAAAAUCGAAUAUCCCUUCAAAUCCCUUAUCUCUACCGAGCAGAAGAACUGGACAUAAUUACCAAUCCUAGAGAAAUGGAUUCAUCUGUGGUGACUUGGAAAGGAGCUUGUAUUAUGUCUUGUCUAGAGACAGCGCAAGAACUAUGGAUUGAGGCUUCUGAGUGGAAAAAGCAUGGUGUGAGGGUGCUAAGAGAAAGAGCCCCAUUCACUUGGUAAUUGAUAAUGUAAUAGAAAAUACUUUUCAUCUUGGCUUUUUUUUUUUACUUCAAAUUGCGUUAGUGAAAAUUUAUUGUUUUUUUUUAAAUUUUUUCCAAAUCUUAUAGUAUUUUGCUUUUGAAGGUGACAAGCUCCGCCUGACGGCUCGCUAGUCAUUUCCUUCAAUCGCCAGUAAAAGCUGUUUUACCUAGCUGAUAAUGUACAAUAAUUCAUUUGUUACUCAUUUAUAGAAGAUAUAGGGACAAAUAAAAAAUUAAUACAUAACAAUAUUUUGAAAUUCAUAUUGUUUUCUUUGAUUUUUUCUCAUUCAAGCUUUGGUAGUUUGGUAUGACUAUGAGAACAAGACGCUGUUAAGUCGUUGUUUCUAGUUAUAAAUAGGUUUUCUGACAGAUUUGCAUUUGGCAAUUUUUGUCCAGAAAUGAAUAUGCUAUAAUAUAUUAUCAAUGAAGUUGCAGUCAUAGCUAACAUUUUAUCACUAGAAAAGUCUUCCAGAAGAUAACUACAAGCAAUUAUUCUUGUGAUAAAACUGAUUUUUCAAAAAUAAAUAAUUCUACUGACAAAAAGUUUUACAGUUUAGCUGUCAAUUUUACAAGUCAGUAAAGCCAGUAGCUUGUAAAAAUCAAUUUUUGUUGUUCAUGUUUUCACUUGAUAAGUGACUUCUUACAAAUGAGUGACGAACAAAGAUUUUCUGUGGUUAGUUAUAUUUUAACUUUUUGUAUUUAUGCUAGACUGCCUGACAUUUGUUUGUUUUUUGUACCAUUUACUAAUUUAUUAAUAAUUUUUGUGCCUACAAUGUUAAUGUUCAUUUAUUUUCCUGAAUUGAAUUAUUUACUGGCUUGGUUUUAUUUUUAAUAUUAGUAUGUAGA